CAACACACCACAAGCCCAAGUCGCGCGACCACCAUGAGACGAGGGCGCGUGCUACAGCUACUGCUCCUCCCCUUCGUCUCUGCUGCUCUCAUCAAGCAGGAUCCUGCAGGUGGGGAUGAAUUGACGAGCGACACAUUCGAGCCAAGUGUCUCCAAAGGCCUCUGGUUCAUCAAAUUCUACAGCCCUUCUUGUGGCCACUGCAAGAAGUUGGCGCCCUUCUGGGAACAGGCUGAGAAGAAUAUCAAUGGCAAGAAGCAAGGUAUUGCGCUGGCCAGCGUCAAUUGUAUUGCGCAAAAUGAUGUCUGUGCAGCACAAGGGGUGCAAGGCUAUCCCACCAUGAACCUCUACCGCGAUGGCAAGAAGAUUGCAGAUUUGCCAAACAUGGUCACGGAUGAUCCAUUGGGCAUGAUUGAGACAUUUGUCAAGGAACAGCUGAAGAUGGCCAAGUCACCGUCGAGUGAGACAGUCUCGUCGCCCAAGGAGGCCGCAACAGGAACGAUCAAGCUCAAGGAGGCUCCAAAGCAGAAGGACAUGGUACCCGCACCGCCCCAAAAGACAGUGCCGAAUAUAGAAGGUCGGUCCAUGGUGCUGACAACGGACAACUUCAAGCAGCACGUCACCGAUUCAAAGGACGUGUGGUUCAUCAAGUUUUAUACGACAUGGUGUUCUCACUGCAAGGCCAUGGCACCGAGCUGGCAAGAACUCGCAGCAACAAACAAGGGAAAACUUAAUAUCGGCGAAGUCGAUUGUGACAAGGAGAGCAAGUUGUGCAAAGAUGCUGGGGUACGUGGUUACCCAACCCUUCUUGUCUUUCAGGGAACUCAGCAUGUCGACUACAAUGGUCUGCGUGGUCUCGGUGAUCUUGUUGCAUUUGCAAACAAAGCUGCUUCUUCGCAAGUCAAGGAUGUCGAUGCGACUGAUUUCGAAGGCCUCCAAAAGAAGAAUGAGGUGGUCUUCCUCUACUUCUACGACUAUGCCACCACGACGGAAGACUUUGAAGCACUCGAUCGCACAUCACUCUCCCUCAUCGGUCAUGCACCCCUCGUCAAGACAUCCAACGAGAUUCUAGCAAGUAAAUUCCGAGUCACGACAUUUCCACAGCUCGCCGUCAUCAAGGACCGCAAGCCGCAAUACUAUAACGCACUAGGGCCAGCCGAUAUGCGCGAUACAAGCAAGAUGAUUUCUUGGAUGAAAGCGAAUUGGUUGCCACUUGUUCCUGAGUUAUCAGCACAAACUUCGCAUGAAAUUAUGAGUGGUCAUCGUGUCGUCCUGGCAAUUCUUGACCCUGAUGUGCCUUCCUUUGAUUUGCAAAAGCAAGUCUUGAAGGAUGCCGCCCAGAAAGUCAAUGACGAUCAUUUCGCAGAGGAACAAGCAGAGAAGCUUGAGCUGCGUGAAAAGAAGGAGGAUCAGCUACGAGAGGCUCUCAAGGGUGGCGACAAGCAAGCUGUUGAAAGAGCCAAGCAAAUACGUGUCAAGGUCGAAGGGAGCCCUGAGGUUGGCUUCGCUUGGGUCAAUGGCAUCUUUUGGUCAAAGUGGCUCAAAGCAACAUACAACAUCGACUUGGCUGUCCAUGGUUCACGCGUAUUAAUUGCAGACGAUGAUGCUAGUCACUACUGGGAUGUUGAUGCAAAAGGCAAGUCGAUCCCAGUUGGAAAAGAGGCGAUCCUCUCCGCCAUUUCUCAAGUCAUGCACGGCAACUUGAAACCAAAGAGCACCAAGUCCAGCCUCGACCUUGCGUUGCAAAAUGCAAAACGCGUCGGUGAACACCCAAUCAAGGCUGGUGUGCUUGUCUUUGGCUCACUUGCUAUUGUCGUUGCAAUCUUGACGCGCCGCGCUAUUCGUAGGCGUUUGAGAGAGCAGCCCAAUGACCAUGCUCGCGAGGAACUGCUGACCGGUAAGCUAGAUUAAGUGGAUGUAGUCGCCUUCUUAUGCCGACGUUUUCUUUUGCUCUGUGCUUGGGGAACCUCAUCCGAUGCUUUCUCCGGAGCAGGUGUUGCAGACUUUGCCGCUAUUGCUUUCGCCUCAGGUGCUUUGGCUGUUGGAGCAGCACUUGAUAUAGAGGACGUUUUCAGUAUAGAUUUUGGCUUCUUGACAGACAGCGGGUUGGGCCCCUUUGGACCUCGUGCCCGUUUCUUAGGUUGUUGUGCCUGCACUUCUUGUUGCUCUGCCCCCGUCGACUCUUCCUUGUCGUCAGGAGUAUCUUCUGCUGCUGCUGGUGCUGUCACCGAAGAACCCACAGCCGUUGGAUUAGCAACACGCUUGCGCUUGCCGAGAAUUUGAGCUUCUUCAACACUCAGUCCCAGUCUGCCA